GCCUGUCUCCAGACCUCACUCGUGGCACGCCACCAAGCUAGGCGAGGGCCAGCCAGACCCCAGCAUGAUGCAAAUAUCCCAGGACCCUCCCUGGCAUCACACCUACCCCUCCAGUGCGUCCACUACAGACCUGUCGGGCUACGACCCAGGUUACCUGAGGAAGAGUCCAGACCAGUACAGUUCUAGAGGAAGUAUGGAGAGCCUUGGGGAGCAACACAGCCACCCAGCCUACAGCUCUUCCUGCCACCAGCUGUGUGCCUCCAAGUCCUCCAACAGUAUGGACCACCUUCACAGUAAGAGAGACUCAGCCUACUCCUCCUUCUCCACCAGCUCUAGUAUCCCAGAGUACCUUGCGGCCGCUCCGACCUUUGGUAAGGAGAGGUCGUACUCCAUGGAGACGGUUCCGCAGAGGGGCGGGAUUAGUGGAGGGGGCGGGAGUGGGGCUGGGGCGGAGGGAAUGCAGCAAGCUGACAUCCGAUAUGUCCGUACGGUCUACGACCCCCAGCAGGGCGGUGCUCAGGAGCAUGAGGUUAGCUCCGCCUCUGCUUCGUUGCUACGCAACCACGAGGCUGGCAGGGCGGGGUCUUGUAGUGUGGGCGGGGCCGCCUGUUACCGCGGCACCAGUAGCAGUAGUAACAGCAGUGGCGGAAGCAGCGGUGGUGGUAACCAUGGUAUUAACCCCAACCGUCACAGUGUUGGGCCCAUUUGGGGUCAGAGCGCCAGCCGCAGUUCCUACGAGAGCCUGAAGGGGGCGCCGGCUCCUCCCAUGCGGAGCGAUAGCUACGCGGCUAUCAGGAACCAUGAGAGGCCAAACUCGUGGUCCAGCCUGGAUCAGGCUCGCUCCCUCAGGGCUCUCCACAAGGGGUCCACCUCCUCCUGGUACCACUCCUCUGGCUCCGUGGCCUCCAGCUCGGGGAAGGGCUCCUUCGGGGCAGAGGGCCAGCUCCACACCGUCAUAGAGAAGAGUCCCGAGAGCAGCCCCACCACCAAGCCCAAACAGGGCGUGAGUCAGGGCUUCUCGCCGCCCCCCGAGCCCCAGCAAACAUCCACCCAGUCUGGCUGCCUCAUGCUGCCCCAGGGCAUCUAUCCUGUACCCCCGCCGGAGCCCCACUAUGCCCAGAUGCCCACCAGCAGCCCCAACCCCAGCAGCGUGUACCCAGCUUUGGCCAGGGAGAGCAGUCUGAGCAGCCUGAGAGAGCUCCAGGGGUUAAGGCUGGGGGUCAGUGUGGAUACAGGGAUGGCGGUAGUGGUGGAGAAUGGAUACCAAAGCAACCCCUCUUCGUCCUCCUAUGUCACUUCCUCUGGCCAACCUCAGCAUCCUGACUUUGCUCAGCCUCCACCCAAACAGCCAGCUCAGCCUCCACCCAAACAGCCAGCUCAGCCUCCACCCAAACAGCCAGCUCAUCCAACCCAACCCGCAGACAGAGUGGGAGAAAAGUCAGGGUACGAGGAGACCCAAACUAAACUGGGUCUCUACAAGUCUCAUCUGAAGGGGGAGGGACAGACCGUGUCCCAAAGGCAGAGCCAGCGGAGCCAAGGACAGGGACAGGGUCAGAGCCAAGGACAGGGUCAGAGCCAAGGACAGGGUCAGAGCCAGAGACAGGGUCAGGGUCAGAGCCAAGACCAGGGACAGGGUCAGAGCCAGGGUCAGAGCCAGGGUCAGGGACAGGGUCAGAGCCAGGGUCAAGGACAGGGUCAGAGCCAAGGCCAGGGACAGGGUCAGAGCCAAGGCCAGGGUCAGAGCCAGGGUCAGGGUCAGGCAUCCAGACCCUGCUCAGCCCAGUCUAUAGGCCAGUCUAUAGGCCAGGAGAGAAGGGACCCAUACACUCCAGUCCAGCCGCGGGGAGAGAGGCUACCCAGGUACUCCCAGGGCUCAGAGAGCUACCCUGAGCACCACCGACAGGACCAGGUCAGGGAGGAAGGGCAGGUCAGACACACAGAGCCCAGUCACUACACUAGUCACCCAGUGGCAGGCACCACCAUGCCCAGUAAGAUCGCCCAGGGACAUGUUCCCAAGGGGAGCAGCAGCAGAAGUACCCCAGCACAGGUGUCUGACCAGCUGGUAGAGCAGAGGGCCCAGGGGCCUGACCAGCAGGUAGAGCAGAGGGCCCAGGGGCCUGACCAGCAGGUAGAGCAGAGGGCCCAGGGGCCAAACCAGCAGGUAGAGCAGAGGGCCCAGGGGCCUGACCAGCAGGUAGAGCAGAGGGCCCAGGGGCCUGACCAGCAGGUAGAGCAGAGGGCCCAGGGGCCUGACCAGCAGGUAGAGCAGAGGGCCCAGGGGCCAGACCAGCAGGUAGAGCAGAGGGCCCAGGGGCCAGACCAGCAGGUAGAGCAGAGGGCCCAGGGGCCUGACCAGCAGGUAGAGCAGAGGGCCCAGGGGCCUGACCAGCAGGUAGAGCAGAGGGCCCAGGGGCCUGACCUUCAGGUCAAUGACCAGAGAUCCAGGUCCCCCCUCUGGCACUACAGCAAUCCAAUUCCCCCCCAGCGGCAGAGGGACCAGAGGGGACCAGAGCACCCCCUGACCCAGCUGGAGAACGCCCUAGCAGAUGUCCAGCGCUGUGACAGUCCAGAGAGCUCCGCCAACAGCCAGAGCAGCCACCAGAGGAGCCUCUCUGUUCUGGAGAAGGUGAACCGCUUCGAGCGCCGCAAGCAGGACCAUGGGCAGGGGAAGCAGAGGAGUAAAAGCACCAGCGCCAGCCACACCAACCCGAGGCCCUCUUCCUCCCGUCCAACCCAGCCCCAGCCUCAGCCCCAGCACCAUGAGAGGGCCAUGAGCUAUGGUGCUGGUAUGGAUGACCUGUGUAACAUGCUGGAGAGAAGCAACAGCCCCAGCAGCACCUGCAGAACACAGAGCUCCUCCUCUAGCUCACAUCAUGGGAAAACUACGGUGGCCCACGAGGGUCAUCAUUACGCAGAGCAGCAGAGGCCAGGGAGUUGUGACCAGACCCAGCCUCAGAGCUCCAGGUACCCCCAUCACCACCACCCUAAUCCCCAGGACCCUCACCCUGGCUCGGCACUGCAGAGGAGCAGAAGCCCCUUCCAACUGGGGAGCCAGGAGGGCCAGGAGGAGAAUGGCCAUGACAGAGACAGGGAUGGGGACAGAGAGUUCCAUUGGAGGGAUGGCCUGCAUGACCUACUGGGGACCAUCCAGGACACAUCCUUUAACCGGGCCUACAGGGACAGUAUCAAGGACGCCCAGUCCAAGGUGCUCCGAUCCACCUCCUUCAGACGCAGGGAUCUGGGAAUCAGCGUUAGCGGGAGUGUCAACAACAACUCCCCUCCCAUCCCCGCCAAGCACUUAUCUCUGGAGAGGAAGGCGGUAGCACCUAAGACCAGCCCCAAACCCUCCAUUGUCUCCACUACUAUCCUAGCCUCCGCCCCAGCCCUUGCCCUAGCUACCUCCACUCACACCCACAAAGAAAGACUCACGGUCACCGUCCCAGACCCAGUCCCAGACCCAGCUCUAGCCACCUUUCCCUCACCUCACACCCCCAAAGAAAGACUCACGGUCACCGUCCCAGACCCAGUCCCAGCCCCAGCUCCAGCCACCUUUCCCUCACCUCACACCCCCAAAGAAAGGCUCACGGUCACCGUCCCAGACGCAGUCCCAGACCCAGCUCUAGCCACCUUUCCCUCACCUCACACCCCCAAAGAGAGGCACGUUGUCACCCCGGAGCCCGAGAGGUUCGGCCCCCCAGAGCUCCUCAGCGUCCUGGCCAUGGGCCCACCAGUCCCGGCCCGUAUCGGUGGGCGUAAGCGACUCACCAUGGAGAAGAAGAAGAGGUCCUACUCCGAGCCUGAGAACAUGCAUGAGGUGGGGCUGGAGUCUGAUCCAAGGAGGACUAGCCAGCACCAGCUGUUCCUUUUCCCAGGUACAGAGACCAGCGUGGCGGACCGCAGGAGGAUGUUUGAGAUGGCUGCCAGCCGCAGCCUGAGCUCCAGCUCCCAGGGCUCCCAGGCUCCCCAGCGCCUCCAGGGCUCCCAGGCUUGUCUAGCCGUGUCUCGGCCGGAGCUCCGGCAGCUGCAGCAGGACGCCCUGGCCGACUACAUGGAGAGGAAGAGAGGCUGGAGGACAGACAGGGAUAGGGACAGGUCAGAGGGAGUGCGCACCCACCGUGACCGCCCUCACAGCGCCUACCUGCAGCCCUUUACAGACACCCGGAGUGUUUCCUCAACCUCCACCACCAGCCUAGCCUCUCUUCAGGAGCCUCUUGGCCAAGACAGCAGUUUCUCUGGUGGGGGAAGGCUCUGCUCCACCCUGCCUCCUGGCCUCCAGGGUUUCUAUCCAGGCAGGGUCACUGCACCACGCGUCCAGGCCAAGGCCCCAGCCUCUAUCUCCACCACCCACCCAGACACCUUGGGAUUCCACAGGCUACUGGAGGGAGAGCUGCCCAGAUCUAGCCUUGGUAGAGAAGACCCAGCCCAGGCCUAUGAGGCUCUCCGGAGCCAGGAGUUUUUCCUGCGAGGCGAUGGAGCCUUUGAGAGGGCAGUUCCAGCCCGGAACUCUGGCAAGUCAGCCUCUGCGGAGGACCUGCUGGAGCGCUCUGAGAGGCCUGCACCCCAGCACUUCAGAUCCCGCUCCUCGCCUUCUGGCGAGAGGCUCAAUCAGGACUUCAUGGCAGGAGGAGAUCUGAAGAUGUAUGGGAUAUUCUCUACCGAGCCCAGGCUUUUCACAAACAACGACAACAACAGGUCUAUGGACAGCCAGCAUCCUGACAGACCUGUCUCUGCCUCCAUGUCCCAGUCCCAGUCCCAGUCCCAGUCCCAGUCCCAGUCCCAGUCCCAGUGUUCAGAUACCCACCACCUUCUGAUCCAAAGCCCGUUCCAAAGCAACACCCCUGUGAUGAGGAGAGAUAGGCUGAAGAACCCCGACCGCCAGCGGGCCCUUAGUGCCUCCAGCCUGGCUGCCUCUGUAGGUCUCCCCUGCCCCUUUCCCCCCCCAGGCACCAGCCCUACUAUCAGCCUGGACUGGCAGGCCAAUGAGAGGUUGAGCCAGGCCAACCUGGAGGCCAUAGCGUUCCCAACCCUGCUGCAGACCGCCACACCCAGGACCGUGUCCCCAGAGGCCCAGGUUCACCCAGAGGUGAGGAGAAGCCCCACAGAACAUCUACAGCAGGCCAUGGCCCAGUGCCAGAACCAGGGUCUGCAGACCAGGACCAGACAGGGCUCCUCAGACACCAGCACCUCAGAGGAGACCCUGAAACACUUCCUCAGAGAGAAAGAGGGGCCAAGCCCUCAAGCUUCAGCCAUUACACCAAAGACCAACCCACCCCCCGUCCUACCCAAAGCCUCCCCAUCACCACCUCCAUUUAAAACCUCUCACAGACCACACACCCUACUCUCUCUCCGCAUCUCAGAGUCCACUCUGCAGGAGACCUCACCCCUACAAGUAGCUCCACACCUAGCCCCUCCCACAAUCUCACUACAGGACUAUGACGAGGUGUUCCUCCAGGAACCGGCCCCUCCUUCCCCUAUUCCUCCCCCGCUCCCAAUCCGGGAGACGGACAUCACAGAGGACUUCCCCCCGCCGCCUCCCCCUCUCCUGCCCCCCUCCUCACUCCCAGACAGAGAGGAGGAGGAGAAUCAUCAUGGACCUGGGCUACAGCACCUCAACAGCUGUGAGUUCCCAUCUCUCCCCUCCUCCUACCGUCAGACAGUACCCCCCUCUAUCCCCCUGUCUGUCUCUCCGAGGCCGAGCCUAACCCCUGAGCCCCAGCCUGAGACCUCCACCACCCUCAGCAACAGUUUCCCAGAGCCCCAGCAGGGGCCUAGCGGUGAGGAAAGCCUGGGGCAAGAGUACCAUCUCUCAGCCAGGAGGGAGAGGUCUGCUGGGGAACUUAGGGUGGAGGCCCUGGCCAGACAGCUGGUGUCACGGGGGGAUAGGACCCUGAGCCCGAUGCUGGACAGCUGGGCAGAGGGUGGGCGGACCAUGGACCUGAUGGAGAGGAUCUUCCCCGCGGGGGGAGGGAGGUUGCUGUGGCAACGCCGCAGGAGCAGUCUGGAGGACAGAAGUCAAGAUGGUGUCUGUUCAAUAGGACCCAAUCUGCUGCAGAGAACAGAGGGAGGAGGAAGAGGAGGAGCAGGAGGAGGAGGAGGAGGAGGAGAGGAGGACACAGAUCUGCAUGAGGACGAGACAGACCUCAAUCAGAAGAAGGUGGAGCUACUCCAGGCCCUGACUCUGAGCAUUACCUCCUUGCGGGAUGAGAAGGAGGUUCUGGCGGAGGAGCAGAGGAGGUUCCGGGCCCUAGGGGGCCACAUAGAGAGCCUGGUUCAGGAGCACUGUAAGCCCAACGAGAGGGAGAAGUACAAGAUGCUCAUCGGGGACAUGGAUAAGAUAGUCAACCUUCUGCUGUCUCUGUGUGGCCGGCUGGCCCGGGUCCAUAACGCUCUCUCUGCCCUGGACAGAGAGGAGGAGACAGAGGACAGCCAAGAGGAAAGGGAGUCCUUACAGCAGAAGCGCAGGCAGUUGUGUAGUCAGCACGAGGAUGCCAGGGAGUUGAAGGAGAAUCUGGACAGGCGGGAGCGUGUGGUACUGGACAUCCUGGGUGGGUACCUGACUGGGCCGCAGCUUAGAGACUACCAGCACUUCGUCUGUAUGAAACCAGCCCUGCUGAUCCGCCAGAGACACCUGGAUGAGCUCCUUAAGCAGUGGGAUGAACAGCUCAGCAGGCUGGCUGAGAGUAUCCCUCCAGGGGACCACCAGGCCCAGCCCAGCUCACCUAUCCCUGGGUUGAACCCCAGCCUCGGCCCUAACCUUAGAGCUCCCAGCCCUAACCUUAGAGCUCCCAGCCCUAACCUUAGAGCUCCCAGCCCUAACCUUAGAGCUCCCAGCCCUAACCUUAGAGCUCCCAGCCCUAACCUUGGUCCUACCCACACAGUCCGCUCCACCACUGUGACAUCACUGUGACAUCACCCCAACAACAACACUGCUCCUGGUCACUCCUACAGUUGCUGUGUCUCUGACCCAGUGGGAGGAGCACCAUGAGUCUGGCGAGCAAGAUGCAACAGUACUUGAUUGAAGAGAGAGACAUGCUCUAUAUGGAGCAGUAAGGAUGUCUGUCGGUCUGUCCCCUUGUUGUAGACAGACAGGUAGACAGGCAGACAGACAGGCAGACAGACAAGCAGACAGACAGACAGACAGACAGACAGACAGACAGACAGACAGGCA